GCCCCGCCCCCAAGAGGAAGGGAGGAAGGGAGGGAGCUGGCCAGGGCUCCUCUGCUGUACCUUUCGGGAAGGCGGGCGCGGCGUAGUGGUGGCCCCAGCGUUGGACUGCACCGUCGGAGGCAGGGUUGGAAUGCCUCCGCUCAGCCAAGGAAGCAUGAUCCAUUCACACUUUUUGCUACUCGGAACAAGCAAAGCUGUCAUCUGAAUGAGGAACACUGCUUGCUCUCAGUCUGUCAAUGCUUACUUCCAUUGUGGAACUUCUAUCCCAAAAUGGUUGAUUUAUCCAACAGCAAUGAAGCUUCUGCUGGUGUUUGAUUUUGACCAUACCAUUGUAGAUGAAAACAGUGACACCUGGGUUGUGAAAUGUGCACCUGCUUCAAAACUUCCUGAUGGAAUAAAACAUUCCUAUAAAAAGGGAUAUUGGACAGAAUAUAUGGGCAGAGUCUUCAGAUACCUGGGGGACAGUGGAGUUAAAGAAGAAGAUAUGAAAAGGACCAUGACGACGAUCCCUUUCACUGCAGGAAUGAAAGAUCUCCUAGAUUUUAUUGGCAAACACAAAGACAUUUUUGACUGCAUAAUCAUAUCGGAUUCCAAUGCAAUAUUUAUUGAUUGGAUUUUAAAAGCUUCUAAUGUCUCACAACUAUUUGAUGAAGUGUUUACAAAUCCUGCAAGUUUUGAUGGCGGUGGAUAUCUUACUGUACAGAAUUGUCACAUUCACGAUUGUGCAAAGUGCCCUAUAAACCUCUGCAAGAGAAAAAUCUUAGAAGAAUUUGUAGAAAAUGGCUUAACUCCAAGAGGGGAAUACUCACACAUUAUAUAUAUAGGUGAUGGUGGGAAUGAUCUGUGCCCAGUAAUGCAUUUAAAAAAGAAUGACAUUGUCAUGCCAAGACAUGGAUAUAUGCUGGAAAACAUGAUUUCUCAGUUGUCUCACAAUCUUGUUCCUGUGGAGGCUUCAGUAAUCAACUGGUCAUCUGGGACUGAGAUUCUGGAUUAUUUAGAGUUACUUAUAAAAGGAUAGUUCUUAGUAACAGUGAUAAUUUAAAAAUUGGUGCUGCUAUCUUGAUAUGAUAGGAUAAUUUCCUUCAGAAUGUUAGAAAAUUAACACUUUGUUUACAUCACUUUAAUUCUUUGUCUUCCCUUCUACACAGUAGAUGAGAGGAGAUGGGAUGGAUGGGAAGUGGACUUGAAAAUGGGGAGGAACAUAACUGAAUGAAAUAGAUGCCAAAGUAAUUGUCAAGUGUAGUUGCUAUGUAACAUCUAUAUAAAGGAGCAAUAUGUUUAGGUCUCUUCUGAUUGUAUACAGGCCAUGGAAAUGUAGGUAUGGAAAUGUAGGUAACUACUUUCACAAACAAUAGCUGAAUAUCUUUUUCUAGAGUUGAAAAUUUUACCCUGGUCCUGCAAAAUGGCAAAAGCCACUGGUAGGGGGUAGAAAGAUUGCAUCGCCUCAAGCCAAGAUUGGUCUACGGUACCUCAGUUUCUGCAGCAGUAGCUUCUAUUCAUGUAUUAUUCAUGUGGGUUAACUUAUUCACACAUAUGAGAUUUAGUUUUAAUUUUUGUCAGCACCUGCGUGUCCCUGUCACAAGGUCCAUUGCACCUAUAUAUGCUAGCUGCUAUUGGCAAGAAAAUAUCUAAAAUUCUCCAUUAUAUGUAAGUAGGAAAGCAUUUCUCUAUAAUCUCAUCAUAUAAAUUGGGGUUAGUUGUUUCUGUAUGUUACAAAAUCAGCAAAAAAAAUAAGAUUUCUAAUAUGCCUCUGUAUAUCAUGGCAGUUGUUACCCCAACCCCAUUUAACAGAUACUCUUCCAUGUAUUUCUUAGUAAAUAUUGUCAUUAUUGAAUAUCAGUCUCAGACUAAUUGGUCACAAAGUUAAAGGUGAUAUAAUGCACAAAACACUGUUUUAUACUUUCUAAUUUCACUUGUCCAUACCAUGCAAAUGUUCUGAGCUGAAUUCACAACUGAAGAUGCAAUGAAAGACAUACUCCUUCUCACAGGUAGUAAAAGCAUUUGGUAUUUAUGCAACCAGAUCCUACACAUGUUUGCUUGAACGUUCAAUGGGACUUAUUGUAAGUGUGUAUAAAACUGCAGCCUCAAAUUUCAAGUCAGGAUUUAGCUAAUGUGAUUGUCUUGUAUAUAAUAGAAUCAGAAAGGAAAACUGUGUGUGCUCUCAACUCAAUUUUAUACUUCUUCCUGCAUUCUUCUGUGUUACUGAGGCACCAUAUGUGUAUAUCUUAGCUAAUACCUGUGGAAGUUUUUAAUCCAUUUUCUGAUGUUUUAUUAAUAUUUUAUGUUUUAAAUUAAGGCUUUGAAACAUGUAAUGUAUUGUGUUAAUCUUUCCCCCGUUGUGAAGGGUGAUUGUGUUGAUUUUUUUUUUUUUUUUUGGCUGAAUAUUCAGAAAUUCAUAUUUAGGAAAAAGCUUCCCUCCCUAAAUUUUUUUUAAAAUUUGCUUUGGAAAUGUGGAUAAAGAAGCCUGGGGAGUAAAAAUUACAAAAAUAACUGUUGGCAGUCCUCUGUUUCAAGAGUAUUAGCUGUCUUGUAAUAUUAAAAAUUUUAAGCUAAAGGGCUUGGUACAGUGUGAAGAUCCUUAUGUUAAUAAUUAAGUGAAAAUUCACUUAGGUUAAUUUGUCUGAAUGCAGUAUGCCUGCUGCAACUUUUAGAGUCUGUACAUUGUUUUAAAAUAACAAAGAUUAAUUUAAUUUAUCCUGUUUGUAAUAUUUUGUAUUUAAAUAUCAAUGCUUAUAUCAAUAAUAAUUAAAUAUUUU